AUGACUCACAAGAAGCUCCCAAACGCCUCUAAUCUAGAUCUGAUCUCAACACUACCACUGCAAGGGCAACCGCCGCCACACAUCUCCGACCUACCCGUUGAAGCUCCAGCAGCGACUUCAAAUAUCUCGUCACCGCCCCGAAAUGGCUUCCACCGCGUCCACAACAUGACAAUGGCACCGCGUCUUCCCUCACUACUCCUCCUAGGCACCCUCUGCCUCCUCCUCCUCGCGACUCCAGCAUCUGUAAAACGCGUCCGCUGGCCCGCCCCCCUGUGCAGGAGCGUCGCCGAGAAGGAGCGCUUUGGAGACCUGACGCCCGCACAGGCGUGUCUGCCCGAUGCCUGUUGCUGCGAGCCCGGAUUCUGCAGCACUAGACCCUCCUAUUUCCGUCCGAAGCGGUGCAAGAAGAAUUGCAAUGACAUAAAGGGCGGGAAAGCCGAGUGGAAGCGGAGGGUGGAGAAAGUGCGCAACGCAGAAACUGCGCGUGAAUGUGAGCAAGAGAUACUAAAGAAGGCACCCAAGAACACCCAGCCCUCCACUCCCCCAGAGAAGAAGAAGAAGCCCAAGAACGAGCAGCAGAAACCAGCCACACCCUCACCCGGCGGCGACUCCAAAAAGAAGGCCAUCACCGAGUCCUUCGGCCGCAUAGUCUUCGCAGGUCCCAGCAACGCCCUCUCAAACAUGGACUCGAUUAACGCCGGCUCGCACUGGCAUUUCCUCACCUGCGAGACCCCCGGCACCUCUUCCAAGACGCGGCAGACCGUGCGUGUCAUCUGUACGACUGCCGGCGAGGUCGACAGCAACUGCGAUAUCAUCUACGAAGACGGGGUGGAGGGCACGGUGGUCAAGAUCCCGAGGGGCUGCUUUGAGGGCGAUUAUGCGGUGCUGCAUGGGAUGGUUGAAGCGGAGGACCAGAGCGUGCCAGAGGGCGUCAAAGGCGGGAAGGUCAUGGAGAUGACGUUUGAUUAUAAUUUUGGGAGUGUCAAAGAGACGGAAGAGCCGGUGAGUUUUAGGAUCGAUUUUAGUAAUGUGCCGGGGUAUAAUGAUGCGAUGGAGGGAUUUGGCGGGAUCUAUUUCACUAGGGUGUAG